AUGGCAACAAACUGGAUCCUGUCAACACCAGCAUCUAUAGCUAACUAUCUCCAACAGGAUGCGAUUGCUCUAGACUAUAUUACCUUCGUCGCAAGCGAGAAAGUAACUAUCUGCACCCGCUGUUGCACCGCAGUACCUGUCAUGGGAUUAGACACCCACCUACGAAUAGCCCACCAUGUUCCAUCUAAACUGCGGCGAAUGACGAUAGCAAGAUUUGACGGCGUGCCUGCUGCGCAAUUCUUCAACGACCUAGUGCCUGGCCAGGGUGGAUCGACGCCACUCCUUUAUUUUCCUCCACCUGUGCCUGGAUUCUGUUGUCCACGCUGUACAGAUUUUAAGACAAUCAACUGGGGUCAAAUGAGAAGACAUGCAAAAACGGAACAUGAUAUCAGCGCUUCCGAAUGCGUUCAAGACCAAUCGAAACAUACUGUAUGUUUGCGCAAGAGAACAUAA